AUGUCAAGAGUAAGGGAGGAGGAGGAGGAGGAGGAGGAAGAACAGCAGCAGCAGGUGGUCGGGGGGGAGGAGAAGGAGGGAGAGGACGAAGACGACCGCGAGGAGGAGGACCAGGGGGAGCCGGAGCCGGAGCCGGUGCCGGAGACGCGGGAGGGGACAGGACGUGGAGACGAGCCGGCAACACGGGGUCGGAGACGAAACCGCGUUCAGCGGGAGGACCAGCCCUUCCUGGACACCCAGCGGGCUGGUUUUCUGAUGUUGGAGAGGGAGCUGGGGUCGAUGGGGACGCGGCUUGGGUCGCUGGAGGCCCAGGUAAAGGCUCUCCAGGAGGUCCUCCAGGCCAGCCUGCUCCCCUUAGCCGCUGGCGUUGCGACACUGCAGCGGCUGGUCCAGGUAGCCGAAAGGCUGCUGCCACCAGCAGAAUCAUCCGCCCCCGCCUGUCCCAGGUGGCCGCUGAGGCCGCGCACAAGAGGGGGCGGCCCCCUGGGUUGA